UAAACAGGAAGAGAGAAGCACAGUAAACGGAAUGAGUUUAAAAUCCGAACUAAAUGUUUUCCUAAACAAUAAAUGGAGGAACCGAUAGGAAGAAGUUUGAUCUUUAAAGCGGUUUUAUCAGCAUAAAGACGCGCGCGUCCUGUCAGCCAGCAGGCGCGGCUUCAGGACAGGAGCCACAACUACUCCACAGGCAGAUUUCCAACAGCCUUUGUUUGAUAAUCAGGUGAAGGUGCACUCUGUUGCAUCACAUGAAUCCCUGCUCCACUCCUGUCACGUGUCUAUUAAACAUACACAGUGCCUCCUAUAUAAUGCAAUCAGUGUGAACCAGAGAGCUCAGAAAGUGCUGCUGGGUAGAGGGAAGCCUGCAUACUGUCAAGAGAAUCAUGGAGUUUUAUACAACACUGCUCCUGGCAGGGCUAGCGGCUCUGCUUUGGUUCCUUUUUGCUCAAAACCAGCAGAAGUACCGUCUCCCACCUGGACCCAGACCACUGCCACUCAUAGGAAACCUUCUGAAAAUAAACAAGAAUGCACCUUUUAAAAGCUUCGUAGAGCUCAGUAAGACCUAUGGUCCUGUGAUGACCGUAUACUUGGGCUGGCAGCGGAUGGUUGUUCUGGUAGGAUAUGAUACAGUGAAAGAAGCCUUGGUAGACCAAGCAGAUGACUUCAUAGGCAGAGGUCCUCUGCCAAUUUUGGUAAGAGCCACCAGAGGAUUUGGUAUUGGUAUCAGUAAUGGGGAACGCUGGCGUCAGCUGCGCCGCUUCACUCUGACAACUUUACGAGAUUUUGGGAUGGGACGUAAAGGGAUGGAGGAGUGGAUCCAGGAAGAAAGCCAACAUCUCAGGGUUCGCUUACACGAGUACAAAGGCGAACCUUUCAAUCCUACAUUCCUUAUGAACCGCACCGUGUCAAACGUGAUCUGCUGCCUUGUGUUUGGACAACGCUUCAGUUAUGAAGACAAGCAGUUUCAGAACCUCCUCGGUGUCCUGGUUAAGAUGGUCAAAUUAAAUAGCAGCCCUUUGGGUGCAUUGUACAACAUCUUCCCUUCAAUCAUGGAAAGGCUUCCCGGACCACACCAGACCGUCUUUGCCGGGAUUGAAGAGAUCAGAGAUUUCGUCAGGAUCAAGAUCGAUGAGCACAAAGCUACGCUGGAUCCGAGCUCACCCAGAGAUUUUAUCGACUGCUUCCUUAUUCGAGCUGAUCAGGAAAAAGAUAAUCCGUCCACUGAGUUCCACUAUGAUAACCUGUUUGCAACAGUGAUGAACUUGUUUGUGGCAGGAACCGAGACCACCAGCUCCACCAUCAGAUAUGCUCUCAGUGUUCUGAUGAAACACAAGGACAUACAGGAAAAAAUUCAGGAGGAGAUUGACACUGUGAUUGGAAGAGCUCGGUGUCCCAGCAUGGAGGACAGGAAAUCUCUCCCGUUCACAGAUGCCUUCAUUCAUGAAGUUCAGCGUUUUCUGGACAUCGUCCCCUUCAGUCUACCUCAUUACGCCCUAGAGGACAUUUCAUUUAGGGGUUACACAAUCCCUAAGGGAACGUCCAUUAUACCCUUGCUGCACUCAGUCCUUAAAGAUGAGAGCAAAUGGGAGACUCCCUUCACCUUCAACCCUAAGCACUUUCUGGACCAUAAUGGCAACUUUAAGAAGAAUCCAGCAUUCUUUCCUUUUUCUGCGGGGAAAAGAUCCUGCGUUGGCGAGUCUCUGGCUCGUAUGGAGCUCUUCAUCUUCUUGGUGACGCUCCUGCAGGAAUUCAACAUUUCCUCUCCUGGGGAUCCCGAUAGCAUUGACCUCAUUCCAGAAUACAGCAGCUUUGGCAACGUGCCUCAUUGUUAUGAUACCAUUGCGACACCUCGGUGAAAGGCCAAAGAUGCCCCGGGAGAGCAUGAUAAUGAUUCAAAAACUU